GCGAGAGUGACGUGAGCGUCACUUCCCCCCACAAAAUGGCGGCCGUGGUGGGUCUGUCACCGUGCCGGGGCGUUGCGCCCCUUUUCGGGAAGGGCCUCUGUCUCCGGAGCGGCCUUGCCCGUUCCCACGUGAGACCCAGUGGCUCGACGGCGGUAUACGACGUGGUGGUAUCGGGUGGCGGCAUGGUCGGGACCGCCAUGGCUGCUGCACUGGGGCAUGAUGUUCAUCUGUCUGAUAAGAAAAUUCUGCUACUUGAAGCCCGUCCAAAGAAAGUGUCUAACCAGUUGCCCAAGACUUACAGUAAUAGAGUCAGUGCUAUCACCCCUGGUUCAGCCACACUUCUCAGUAGUUUUGGUGCUUGGGAUCAUAUUUGCAGUAUGAGAAUCAAGCCAUUUCGGCGGAUGCAGGUGUGGGAUGCUUGUUCUGAGGCUAUGAUAAUCUUUGAUAAAGAUAACUUGGAAGACAUGGGUUAUAUAGUGGAGAAUGAUGUUAUCAUGUCUGCUCUAACCAAACAACUGGAUGCAGUUUCAGACCGCGUUGAAGUUCUUUACAGGAGCCGAGCAGUUGGCUACUCCUUGCCGCUUCCUUAUGAAACCUCUGACUCAAGCCCUUGGAUCCAAAUUGAUUUAGCAAAUGGACACAGGCUACAGACCAAACUGUUGAUUGGUGCAGAUGGGCAGAACUCUAUAGUCCGGAAGGCAGCUGGUAUUCAAAAUAUUCAGUAUCAAUAUGGACAGUCAGCUGUAGUUGCUACCCUUCACUUAUCUGAGGCAACAGAUAACAACGUAGCAUGGCAGAGAUUCCUUCCAUCAGGACCAAUUGCUCUCCUCCCGCUCUCUGACACUGUCAGCUCUUUGGUUUGGUCCACGUCACAUGAGCAUGCAUCCCAACUUCAGAGAAUGGAUGAGGAAAGUUUUGUGGAUUCUAUCAAUUCUGCUUUUUGGAGCAACGCAAAUCAUUCUGACUUCAUUGAUACUGCUGGAUCCAUGUUCCGAUCUGCUGUCUCUCUCUUGAUGCCAUCGGGGACUGCGGCCCGUCAGCUGCCCCCAAGCGUUGCAAAAGUGGAUCCAAAGAGCCGAGCUGUGUUCCCUCUUGGACUGGGGCAUGCAACAGAAUAUGUCCAACACCGUGUGGCCCUUAUUGGGGAUGCGGCUCACAGAGUACAUCCUCUUGCAGGUCAGGGUGUAAAUAUGGGCUUUGGUGACAUAGCCUGCUUGAGGCAACUUCUCAGUGCUGCAGCAUUUAAUGGGAAGGACCUGGGCUCUUUAAAGCAUCUACUACAGUAUGAAAGAGAGCGGCAAAAGCACAACCUAUCUCUCUUGGCUACAACAGACUUAUUAAAGAGGCUGUACUCUACAAAUAUAGCUCCUUUUGUACUGCUAAGGACAUGGGGAUUGCAAGCAACUAAUGCUGUUCCUCCAAUUAAAGAGCAGAUCAUGGCUUUUGCUAGCAAGUGACAUCCUUGUGACUCUAGGAUGAUAGUUCCUGCAUGGUUGCUGUAUACUCACCAAUUACAAAGACUGUGUUUGAAAUGGUAUUAAAACAAAACGGGGAGCACAGUAUUGCCUUACAUUUGCCGAUUGUGGCUGGAGUUCUUCUUUCCUCCAAGAGAACCAGCAGAUUGUUUUCUUCUAGAAUGUCAAGGUCUAUCUCUAAUCUGACACAGUACUGGAUCUAAAUAUUGGCCUUGAAAACAGUAUUGUUGGAAUGAAUUUACUUGUAUCCAGUUUGAAGAUCACAUGCAGGAUUUUUUUUACUGCUACGGACAAAAUAUUGUGAGCUGCAAGCUUAGUCGGCAUCUCUUUCAGCCUUCUUGGCUGCGAAACAGAGGAGCAGAAUGUUGCUCCCUCUUCAAGACUGCAAUGAUUCUCUUCUACCUCCAAGGACUGCAAGAUUGAGACUCAAGUUACAGGAUGGAGUCUGAGAACAUUUUGUUAAAAAUAUUGUUUAAUUACUAAAAUAGACAUUCAAACAGCCCUAUCAUAGUCAUGUGCCAAACAACCAGGCCAGACAUUAUCAGUUUAAUGGCAUUACAGCACCAAGUAAUGUGAACACAACUAAUAAGCAAGGAUAUUUACACUAUCGUCUGACAAUUAACUACUUUCAGAACUUGUCUGAAAAGAUAUUCUAAGGCUUAUCAGCACUCAACCUGUACUUGCAAUGCUACAUCUGUGGAAAUUUAUUUAAGAGGGGCUCAGUCUGCUUAACAGUUUAGCUUAACUUUUUAAAAUAGGUUUAAGCUAAACCAAAAUAAGUGUCCUUUCAACCUACAAGAUUAUGUAAAACGUAAUCUGCUUUCACUUCUGACUUCUUAAAAACUCUUAAUUUA